UUUUGAUGCUAGAUUAAUGGCGGACGACCCGAUGGCGGGUUUGUAAGGCUGGCGAAAUGUAACAUCUCUGUUUGUUAAUAUAUGGCAAUCGAUCUUCAUGCUCAGCGAUAAUUUGAUGGAGAAGUGGAUGCCGUAGAACUAGGUCUACAUCAUGUCAAAGUUUGGAGCGAAGACUUAUGGCCGCAAGCAUGACUGCCGCUUGGCACCUCCUCUGGAUCAGAUUCUUCUCGACAAAGGAGACAGCAAGACCAGCUCAGCCAAAAUGUCAGUUGCAGCUGUGCACCGGUGGGGCAUGACUUCAUUCACAUCCCUUCGUAAGGCGGCUCAGUCUAAUGGCCAGCCUGAUGGGAUAAAUGAUGGACCAAUGUCAUCUGAUGCAAAGGCUCUCAACCCUUCAGUAGAUGAUGAUCCGUUCAGUUUUGACAUUGACCAUGAUGAAACGUCACGCAGCAGCAAAAGUGCGUUCUCACGUUUGCAUGGAUCGGCACAGGACCCUGCACAGACAAGCAGCCAACCGCUGCCUCCAAAGCCCAAGAAGUUCUUCAAGAGCCGCAACACCACUUGUACAUCGUCACCAUUGGCAUCUCAAACAUCAGCGCGUGCAUUGGCACAAUUUGAUAGACUGCGAACGUCAAGUUCCAACUCCGUUGCAAGCAAGUCGAAGGACAAGAAUGAACCUGUGUCUAAAGUGGGCAUAAGCUGGGGUCCUGAUGAUAAUGUGGACUUUCGGUGUGUAAAGCUGGAAAAAAGCAGUCGUGCAGCUGCACUUUCAAGGGAUCAUCCACUUGCUUCUUCCCUGACAUCUGGACCUGCAGCUGCUGCUCUUCCAACAGCUGCUUCAUUGACUGUGGCUCCUGUGGUGGCUGCUGCUUUGACUGUGGCUCCAUCAGCCUCAUUACCUUUAACCGCUGCACCUCGGAUGUCUGCUUCUCUGACAGCUGCUCCUCAGAUAGCUGCUCCACAGCCUGCUGCGCAAGGCUUACCAAUGCCUUCUACUUUUCUCACUGACGAGUCUGUAAAAGGCAGUGUCCCCUGUGACGGUAAUGACCAGAGCUCAUUCCAUGCUCCACCAGCCAUACGGACAUACACUCGCAAGAGAAACCUGGGUGCUCCAGUGGAGACACCAGGCAUGGUGAUACCUGUCAAGAGAACUGCAACAACAGUAGCUGUUAGUGAUGCCCUGGUAUCUAGUUUGGUGCUAGUGGUGCCUAGUACAAACGUCGGUGUGACCUGUGUGACAGAUGUUAGCGAGGUGGCAAGCUCUGGUGAGACAUCUUCUGGAGAGGUGGCUAGCACCAGUGAGACACUUGCUGCUAACUCAUCGCACAUCGACAUGAAAAUAGAUGAUGAACCACCAAUGACCCUGCAAGAUACUCUUGCAGUGACCUCAAACUCCCAGCUUCCCAGUUCACAGGACUCUGAGCUGCUCCAUAUGACAGCUGAUGGAACCUCCCAAGGCUCAAUCACAGAUUCGCAGGAGUCGGAACCUGCAUCACAGAACUUUGCAUCAGGUUCACAAGAGGAUGCAGAAAAACCUCUUGAACCAAAAGCGUCAUCUUCUAGAUGCAUAUUCAAAAGCAAAAAGAUAUUCCAAAGCCCGAAGAAGCCAAAAGCAGUCUACAAACUGCGACACUGGCAGACUCCAGAUACUGAGGAAGACCUUGAAUUGACAGAGGCUACACAAGAUCGAAACAAGCUUGCUGAGGAAUUUGAUGAAGCUACGUUCAGUGACAGUGCUCUAACAAGAGAAGUACAUCAACCAUCACGGCCAUGGAAAGAUGCUGUAACAUCUGUGAAGUGCCCUCGCAAGGCUCGUGAGCUCUACACAGUGGUCCGCAAUGUGAAAAAGGCCUAUCAAUGCCAUGAAUCGGGAGAAACCCAAGAAUUCAAUGACGACAUUGAUUACCUACUGGAGGGAGUGCAGCCUGGCAAUCCCAUAGGAGCUAGAUGUCUGAGUGUUGUUGGCCUGGCAUCUAAGUGCAUGGUUCCAGCAUUCCGGAUGCACCUACGAGCUCAUGGAAUUGUGUGCAAAUUCUUCAGUGCCUUAACUGAUGCCCCUUCUGAUCCAAGCCUGUCACUGUGCACAGCUACGUUGUUCUUUGUCCUGAGCCAGGACCGUCUUACUAUGGACCUGGACGCAUCCACACUCUCUCUGAUGCUGCAGCUGUUUGAGUCAGACCCUCAGCAAGGGGAGGGGGGCUUGACUACCUCCCGAAGCCCCCCCUCUGAUCUCAUUGAGAGGCAUCGUGAGAAGGUACAGCAGCUUUGUGAACAGAUGCAGCAGAAAGGCCAUGCCAAGCACCUAAACCUCAACAGAGUCAAUACUGGCACACUAGCGCUGGAGACUCUACUAAGCUUAACAUCUAGGCGAGCAGGAGAGUGGUUCAAGGAAGAGUUGCGGUUACAAGGUGGACUGACACAUAUUGUAAAUACAGUGAGUGAAUGCCUCAGUUAUUUUGGAGAAGGAAUCACAUUCAUGGAAAAUCCAACGGACUUCCAGCUGGAGAAGCUGAAGAAGAUCGACAGGUGCUCUCGUGUACUAGAAAAUGUUACAUAUAUGAACCCUGACAACCAGAGGUACCUGCUGGAUUUCAAGGGCUCUCUCAUGGUGGCAUCUUACGUCAGGCUGCUGUUGCUGUGCCAGUCAAGCCUGAUAGUACACCCAGUUCUGAAUGAGCCUGCUGCAGGAGCUGGUGGCAGCAAAGCAGGCGAAGGCCAGAUCACCUCAGUAGUCUUGCAGAGCUUGCGAGGACCUGGCGCCGUUUUUUUCUCCUGCCUGUUAUCUGUUCUGCGUGUGCUGUUGAAUAUGACACACGAGAGCCUGUUGGGCAGCAAAGUUGUUGGUAGCCAGCCAGGAUUGCUCUCUGCCAUUUUGCUCUGCAUCCUACAAGCCCCUAAAGCAGUGCCAACGGAACAGCGUUUUGAUCUUCUGGUUUUGUCACUUGGAUUACUCAUCAACCUGGUGGAGCACUGUGAGGAGAACAGGGAGCGCCUGGCUGAUACACAAACAGUGGGUUCGUUCGAGUCCGUCUGUGACCAGAUGGAGAUGCCGGCGUUCAAUGCUCUCAUGGAUCUGUUCACCGAUAAGGUUGAGGCGGCCCACCAGUCUGAGGAGCAAGCCAACGAGUUGCUGAGUACUCAGGAGAAAAAGAUGAAAGCUUCCCUGGAACCUCAAAAAGGGGAGCCACUGCCUGCCAGCCAACAAUCUGCGCCUUCUCAGGCUGAUGACCUUGAGGAGACCCUUAUGAAAGCCCUUCAGAAAGCUGGCAAGCACAUGGAACAUAGCAUAGUAUGUGCCUACAUUGCCUUGCUCCUUGGCUGUGCUGUCCAGAAUAACAAGGAGCUUGCCGAAAAAUUGCGGCAGUACACACCGGAAGGAAAGUUUGACCCAUUGGUCGAUGCACUUAAGAAAUUUCAUAAUUUUAUCAAUCUGACGGGUGUGCUCGGAAAUAGAGCCACAAAGAGCAUGCAAUGUGUCAUCAAAGUCCUUGAAGACAGCUGAUCAUCCAAGGCGAGGCACUUUGAUCCCCUUUCAAGCUUGCCUACCUUGCCUUUGGAACCCAUUCUAUCAAGGCAGCCAAGUUGGAUUCCAUGACAGCUUUCGCUCACUGGCAUAUGUGCAUGCUAAUUGUGAAAGCCAUUUUGCUGACCCCCCCCCCUUUUUUUUAUUAAUUCUGUACAUAUGUGACAUGUUUCUCCAUCAUCUUUUUCCCUUAACUUUUUCUUUCUUCAUUGGAAAGGUUUUACAUUGACAUGCUUUGUGACAUGAGGUUGAGGGAAGACUGGCUUUAUUGACAACACAUUUUAGGAAAUUUUGAGCAGGCCAUGUUAUCUUUUACUUUUUUUAAGUAGUGCAGAAUGUCUGUCCCGCAAGCAACCUGUUCUACUUUGGAGAACACUUAAUAUUGCCAAGACUUCAUGUAACCACAAGUGCAUACAUCAAAGAGCAAUGUACUGUGUUUUAUCAUUCUUUUAA